GAGUAACAGUAUGAUUGGCGGGCCAGAUCCAUAUCUAAAGGAGUUUGGUAUUGUCGUUCAUAAUGAAAUGACUGAAGUUACAGGUCGAGUGCUACCUGCACCGAUGCUCCAGUAUGGAGGCAGGGUAAGUCUGAUGUUGGACGGAAGCAGCUGGAAUUGUGAAUGCACAGGACUCGAAAAUAAGACUGUUGCUACCCCAAAUCAAGGGGUGUGGGACAUGAGAGGCAAACAAUUCUAUGCUGGUAUUGAGAUUAAAGUCUGGGCAGUUGCUUGCUUUGCACCACAGAAACAGUGUCGUGAGGAAGUCCUAAAAAACUUUACUGAUCAACUGCGUAAAAUUUCGAAAGAUGCUGGAAUGCCUAUUCAGGGGCAACCAUGUUUUUGUAAAUAUGCGCAAGGUGCAGACAGUGUAGAACCUAUGUUUAAGCACUUGAAGAUGACUUAUGUUGGUCUACAGUUGAUUGUGGUCAUCCUACCUGGAAAAACCCCUGUAUAUGCUGAAGUGAAACGUGUAGGUGACACGCUAUUGGGAAUGGCAACACAAUGUGUUCAGGUGAAGAAUGUGGUCAAAACUUCCCCACAAACUUUAUCAAAUCUCUGCUUAAAGAUCAAUGCAAAACUUGGCGGAAUCAAUAACGUCCUUGUACCUCAUCAGCGGCCAUCCGUGUUCCAGCAGCCUGUCAUCUUCUUGGGAGCAGAUGUCACCCAUCCUCCAGCUGGAGACGGCAAGAAACCCUCCAUUGCUGCUGUGGUUGGUAGUAUGGAUGGACAUCCGAGCCGCUACUGUGCAACAGUACGUGUGCAAACAUCAAGACAAGAAACUUCUCAGGACCUGCUGUUCAGUCAAGAGGUGAUCCAGGAUUUGUCCAACAUGGUGCGUGAGCUCCUGAUUCAGUUCUACAAAUCAACCCGCUUCAAGCCAACACGCAUUAUCUACUACAGGGGUGGAGUUUCUGAAGGACAAAUGAAACAGGUUGCCUGGCCUGAGCUUAUUGCCAUUCGGAAAGCCUGCAUUAGCCUGGAAGAGGACUACAGACCUGGCAUAACAUACCUUGUUGUUCAGAAACGACAUCAUACGCGACUGUUUUGUGCUGACAGAAGUGAACGGGUGGGUAAAAGUGGCAAUGUUCCUGCUGGCACAACUGUUGACAACACCAUCACUCAUCCUUCUGAGUUUGAUUUCUACCUCUGUAGCCAUGCGGGAAUUCAGGGUACCAGUCGUCCUUCGCACUACCAUGUCUUGUGGGAUGACAACUGCUUCUCAGCUGAUGAAUUGCAGCUCCUUACCUAUCAGCUGUGCCACACUUAUGUACGAUGUACACGUUCUGUCUCAAUUCCUGCACCAGCAUAUUAUGCCAGACUGGUUGCAUUUAGAGCAAGGUACCAUCUUGUGGACAAAGAUCAUGACAGUGCUGAAGGAAGCCACAUCUCUGGACAGAGCAAUGGACGGGAUCCACUGGCACUUGCCAAGGCAGUACAGGUCCACCAUGAUACCCAGCAUACAAUGUAUUUUGCAUAAGACCUACUGAAGUUUCUGGUGAUUUUUCCAGCAUACUGUGUCGUUCUGAAACAUCCUUCCUUAGUGCUAAUUUUUUUUCAACUAUCUCUUGAGGGCCAAGCCAGUUUCAGACCACAGUCUACCAGCGAAUAAGAUGCAAUGCACUGAAGGACUCAUUUACUCAUUCGAAUUUAAAUGCACGGAGAAAUGAGCCAUUGUUCUUCAAAGUCUAUCAGAAGCACUAUAUAUGGAAAAUACUGGUGGUUUUUGCCACCAUACUGAUUUUAUAUUUUUUACCUCAAGGCACCAAGGCCGAACAUCCUAAGGAAAAGUUGCAUGAAUGACUUUGAGUGUUACUACAUUCAGUAGCAAGUUUUGAUAUUGUGUGUUUUCUUUCUCCAUUUAUACGAGGUAAUACUGUUGUAAAACUCACAUCUAUUUUUAAUCUUUUACAUACAGACUGUGGGUAUGCGUGUGGGAGAGUUAACAUUUGGGAUUCUUUAAAGAUAGUUCCAGUUUAAAUUGUGCAAAGGUUUCAAAGGGAGCCCUUGAAAUUAUACAGCUAUAAAGGGCCAAGUAUUUCCAAACAAUACAUUACUGUGCACUCAUAACUUCAAAGUAGUUCUUGGUAAGGUUUGUGCUCAUGAUUUUGCAGCUUCAUGGAGAUUGAAGUUGAAUAAGUUGUUAGAGGAUUGUGCUAAAACAUGAAGGAAGGUUUGACUCUCUAUAGGCACUAAAUGAUUUUGGCGAGCUAUGGCUCCAAAAUUGUAAAGCGAAAUACUAUGGCGAACGCUCCCUCUAAGGUCUUGUGACUGCUCAGUCUGUGCACACUGACACUGUUCCCAGCAUUGACUUCCCACUUCGGAAACCAUUGGUGCACACAGCCUACAAAGAAGCAAAAAGAAUUAGAGGGAAUAUAGACUGAGAAUGCUGGCGAUCUGAAAUAAAAACACAAAACAUUGGAAGGGUUUGGGUCAGGCAGCAUCUGUGGAGAGAGAAACAGUUACUGUUUCAGGCCAAUAUCUUUUCAUCAGAGUUGAGUAAACUUAGAAAAAAAGGUUUUGCCAAUUCUGAUUAUCGGUCAUCAAUCUGAAACAUAAUUCAGUUUCUCUAUCUACAGAUGGUCUCAGCCCUGCUGAGUGUUUUCAGCAUUUUGUUUUUAUUGUAUGGUUCCGAAACUUUUUGCUUGAACAUUUGCAAUAUCCUAUGAUGUCGAGAUGCCUAACUCCAAACUUGUCUGCAUAAUAGUGGGCGCUCUACUUUUUGAUGGUCUGACCAUUUUUGUUCCUUUUUAUUAAGUAAGGCCAGCUGGACUGUCCAUCCCAGUUAGAUCAUCCAUUUGUGCUAUGCCAGCAACUGUGUCUUUCCCACAGUUGACUAUUUUGACUCAUUGGCAGGCAUGUGGCAAAUCGAAAAUCAAAGCUUAUAUAAAUCCAAGAUAAUUAGUUUGACAUCUUUUUGCCGUGACAAUCCUAAUUGAUGCAAUGGCGAACUGCCCAAGCUGCCACUGAUAAAUUCCAUUCUUGGUACUAGAGCAAAUUUUUGUUUAAAAUAGGGAUUUUGCACUAAACAUUUUGUGAUUUUACCUUUAAACCUUAAUCAUAGUUGAUAGAAUUGUUAUAUGCAAUAGGUAGACAAAAUUCCUCAAAUUAAAGUUGCAUAUACCAGGAGUGAAACUGCUAUUUUGCAGAAUUUACUUGCUGGAGUUGUAUAUGCUAAAUGUGGACUGGACUGUACUUGGAAAUUUUGAAAAAGCAUUCAUGAACUUUUAAUACAGAAUUGGAAAUUGAAAUUGUCCAGUUUUAUUUUUUGGUUCAUCCAUUUCAGAAGCUUCUAAGUACCUGUAUUUUUGCUGCAAUGAAUUUUAGUACAAUACCUUAAGGUGCCAGCUUGAUAAGUUGUGAAAGAUGUUGAGUUCGCAAAACUGUUACGGUGCUUAAAUACUUGGACUGUAUUGACAUUAGGGCUGUUUCUAACUAGUCUGUCCAAGUUUAUAGUUUUGGGCAAGAAAGAUUCAACUUGAUUUCCUGGCAAGGAGGCUGAAACUUUGGGCAUAAAACUGCAGGACAAAUGGAUCUUUGUAUAAGAGAUAUCUUCAUUCAUAAUCAGGCAUAAUUCUGUUUUAUUUAAAGUUUGCAUACUGUGUGAUCCUUUAUUAUGUUUGUUUGAAGUUUACUUGUGCAAUAUGUUCAAAACUUUCAACUGUAAGAUAAGACAAGCAAACUGUAAAGGAAGGGAGUUAACUGGUCAGAAUGUGUGGAUGAUGAAACGCGGCCUUCCUUUUAAAUCUCCAAAUCUCAUUCUGAAGUUUUUGACCAGGAUAACUGAUUUAAGAUGUUCUCCACCCUUGUUUUAGAAUACAAUUUUACAUGGCUAGUGAGCCUUUUUCAAGGAUAGCAGCAUAUCCACUUUGUGCCAUCUUCAGCUGAGCAAGCAAAAUUUUGUAUUUUUUAAACUUGCUAUUAAGGGAAUCAAAGGAAUCCAAAGAAAAAUGCUGUUUUAAACUGCAAAAAUUUUCUUGAGCAUUCAAGUCUGUUUCAGGAGUUGUAGCUUGUGAUUGUUUUUAUGAAAGAUCAUCAGGAUGAAAGCAAUCUGUUUGUUUGCACCGUACAAAAUUUGUCAUGUCGCUUUCCAUGUAUUGUAUUUUGACAUUCCGCAGAUAAAAGUAGUCCUAAGGAGAUUGUUUGUUUGUUUCUAUCAGAGUAUGUCCAAUUUAACUAUUGGUUGCUUUCAAGCAAAUGGCUAUGUAUGCUUUUUUCCUCCCAAGUGUUGUGCUCUUGUACAGAUGUCAAGAUUUCAUGAUGAUAGCCGUGAUUUUUCAUCAUGUGAGUAUCAUUUUGUCUUCUUCCAAAUUCCUACUGGCACCCAAAAAAGUUAGUGUCCUUGUCAGUAGCUGAAAUGAUUCAUUAUAACUGUUUAAUUUGGUGACUGACCUGUGUUUCAUUAACAUAAAUGCCUGGCAUUGCCUUUGACUUUUUAUCUUGGCAUUUGCAAAUUGACACAGGUCAUUUCUUUUUGUUUCCUUGAAGCUGAUCUUGCUGUAGGCAGUCAAAUACAACUGCUAACAUUGAAGGCUAUUCUUAAAGCUACAAAUCUAGUAGCUAAUAUCUUUAUGGUCAGUUUUCCAUUUAUAAUUCACACUUCGUACAUUGUAUUGCUCAUGAAAUUGCUGCUGAAUGUUUUUAGAAAAAGAAACAGGAUUACUGGGUUUGUGAGAACCUGGCAGUAAAUGGAUCAGUAAAGCGACCAAUUUUUGUAAGGGGCUUGAUGUAGCAUCUGUCCUUUUUUAUUGACUUUUUUUAAAUGCACCUUUUUUAUGUGGAUUGUGGUGUUGUUUUAUGCUUUUAAGUUUUACAUGCACUUCAACAAUAUCUGCAAUAGUUUUCAAAACUUCAACCUUUUCAAUGACACACAAUUUCAGCAGCUGAAAUAAGACGUCAUUCUCGAGCAGACUUUACAAUCUUAAUGCAGUAAACUUUACCAGCAGAACUGAUAGUUCUUACUUCACUGCACUUUGUGGCUAAUUCACCUAGCCAGCAUACUGGACUUUCCUACUAUGACACAGCAUAGAAUUAUUGGUACUUCCAGAUUAGAUUGUUUCAACUAGCUGGUGCCAAAAAUGCUUGAAGCUGAGGUUAAGAUUAACUUUUAUGGACAGUAUUUUUAUGGACAGUUUUCAAAGUUCUUAUUCAAAAAUAUGGCUCUCCAGGAUAAAAAUUGUCUUUCAGUCUUGGAGCAUACAGACCCUUUGUUCAGUGGCACAUCUUGUAUAGGGUAUAUUUUAUAUUUUCUUUAACUUAUGUUGAUUGUAAUAGAAAUGUAUAUUUGUUGGCUAUUUGAUCCAUAUUUUCAAAAGAAUGCAAAUGUUUUCGCAAAUAAUUUAUAUAAUGCAGACAGAUUGGACUUUACAUUACAAUAUUCUGUUUCUAUAUACUUACCCUUGAGCAAGCUACAGGAUUAUAUAAUUUUCAAUUGCAAUUAUUCUGAGAUUUGUCUAAAGAAUAGCUGUGUCAGUAGAGGUUACAUUAUUGGAGUGGCAGGAAAUAUUUGCAAUUUGUUUUCACCUUGCGUGAAUGCUGUAAAUGUAGUUCGCAGUUAGAGCAGGGCAUUUUCAAAUAACUAUUUUCCAAGUAUGAAUAGCAUUUGUUGGCAGAAUUUAAAUAGCUUAAUACAGUAAUAUAGUAAAAGUUUUGGGACAAAUUUCAGGGAUAUAAUAUCAAUGUUUGAUUCUGAGGAGAGGAAAAACUGUAGCUGUUUAUGCCCAGAACUAAUAGAAAAUGUAUCCUCUUGAGGUUUUAAUUCCUAAUACUACAGGUAAACUAUCUUUCACUUGAUUUAUUCCGAUACUCCUGGAAAAAAGCAGGUUUGGUUUUCACAUCAUAAUGAAAUAAUUACCUCAUCAACAUGGGAGUGAAAGCAUUCUAUGUACCAACUUUUGGCUCAGUGGCAUAAGGGCUUUCAUGGGAAUUUAAUGCUGAAAGCUUAAGGUGCAGCAGCAGUGUAAAGGACAAGAGAAUGAGUUCAAAGAAGCAAAGUUGAUUGAAACAAGUUUUUAAAUGCUUGGAGGAGGGAUUUCUGGGACAGUAUGUCACUUUAUUGAUCCAUUAUGUACUAAAACUCCGAAACUGAUCAUGACAGUUUGGAAUGUUUUGAAUAAUAUUACUAAGGCUAACUGAAGUACAUAUUAAGGUUGUGUACUAAUUUUUAAUAAUGCAAAUUAACAAAUUUGAAACACAAAUGGGCAGGACAAUUGCCAUCAGGUGUAAUAUCAUUGUAUUUCAGUUUAUACAGUUUCACCACACAGGUCAUGAUCCAACCCAUUAUGUUUCCGUAUGUUCUCAAAUAACUGUCUGUUUAGCUGCAUUCUUCUGCACUAUCCCAACACUCUUCUUAUUUUGUUUUCUUUUAAUUUCCUUUUAUAGAAGCCAUUACUGAUUCCCUGCUUCUACCACUUAACUGGCACUGUCUUUCAUGUAUUAACAGCUCUCUGCACUUCUAUAAUUUAAAGAAACUCUAAAUGUCUCAUUUUAAAUGAAAUUAUAUUCUUUCUGAUUCACCAGCUGCAGCUUUUGGUCAGAUUUUGUCAUCUUAAUGAUGUAUAAUCAUUGCAAUAGUCACAUUUAUUCCAUUCCAAUUAAAACUCACCCAUUCAUUCAAAUUCUCUUCUGCUUUUUUAUCUCCAUAUCUCUAGAAGUUUUUACUUUUAUUCAUAACUGAGAAGAGCAGGACUGUUGUUUCAGUGGGUGUCAGCACUGUUGCUGUAACUUAUUGAUAGCUACUGUAAAGUGUUUUUGUAACAUUGCUGUACCUUGGCAAUGGAGUGUUGCAUUUGGUUUGCAUGUGAAAUAUCAAAAAAAUUCAAAUUCUGUUUAUACCAAAAUUGAAGUUGUGAUUUGGGUGAAUAAUCAAAGUGCACUAUUUUGAACCUACUAGAUUGUCCAAAGAUUUGAAUAAAUACAAUUAAUUUCCUGCAAUUUUCAGAGUAUUUUUAAGAAAAUAUAUUUGUGUUUCACAAGGAAUCAAAAAUCCAUGCCUUCAAAAUGGAAAGUCUCUCGCCAUCAUGCAUGAUUUGUAUUUUUAAAAACUCCAUUACUACUACCCCUUACCUUAACUCACCCCCACCCCAAAAUACACAAACACCCAACAAAAACAUACAUGGAGCCUUCACAGUCUGGACGGGUUAGUACCACAUCAGCCGAAGUAUCUAAUGAUUACUACGUCCUUAUUGUUACCCGGCAAACAAUAUACAUCAUAAAUUUAGAGAUAAUAUGUGGGACUAUAGAAUCAAGUAGAUUGAUCCUGUAUUUUUUUGUAUUUUGCCAUUUUGAAAACUUUGUUGUAUUGUUGAAUGCUGGUAUAAAUUCCCCAGUUGCAGAGAUUAGGCCGUGUCCCUGAAGUCACAAGUAGAAGGCCAAUUGUGGUAAAUGGGUUUUAAUUAAAUUUUCCAGAGAGGACACCACUCAUUGAAUUCUGCAUUUGUCACUUGUGCAAGGUUUUUUCCCUGUGUGAAUCUGCACUUCUGUCACUGAACAAUUUGGAUAUCUAAGCUGAUGUACCACCAUAACACUUACUGUUUUUGUUUAUGUUCAUUACCUGUUUAAAACUGAUCUUAAGUAUGUUUGGUGUACAUUUGUCCAAAUCAGAAUGCAGUUUGCUCUUUCUGAAUGUUAAAUGCUGUCACUUUCUUGUUCAUUAAUGACUGAUUUGUUGAUAAUGAGAUUUUUUUGGGGUGCAGGAAAGAGGAAUUGGAGCCUGACAUUUGUAAGUAGUGGCACUGUAUAAUAACCUGGUGGUCCAUGGUCUUAAGGUCCCCGAUGUACAAAACUGCAUUGAAAGCAUUUUAUGCUGCAUAGUUCUGCUGUAUCCUGUGUGUGUGUGUGUGUGUGUGUGUGUGUGUGUGUGUGUGUGUGUAGUUCUUGGUACAAUGUAUGCAUUUUUCAUUAAAAUUGGAAAAAAAAACUGUUUUCUAGUUCCCAUACAUAUGUUUAGAUAAGUGCUGUUGAUUAUUUUAUUGAGUCUUGAUUUAUGAAUAUGUCUACCAAUACGAGGUACUUUCUUGAGCUGUAGGUAUGGAUAACAUGAUAACCUUCCCUACAAUGCGAAAAGAUGUUGGCUGAUUGAAUUACAAAGCUGUACUGCAAUAUGAUUUUUAGCCUGCGGGGACAAUUUGUGUUCACGUAACAAAAUAAAAUGGUAUUUUUGUGCCAGAAUUUCCAAAGUC